AUGUCAACCUCGCCCAAGAAAGUGGUCGUAAUUGGCGCUGGCCCUGUUGGCUCCCUCGCAGCUCUCUAUUUCUCUCACGCAAACUGGGAGGUCGAACUCUAUGAGCUCCGUGGUGAUUUGCGUCUUCCCGAAAAUCUCUCGCUCAACUUCUCCAAGUCCAUCAAUCUUGCUCUCUCUGAUCGCGGUAUCGAUGGUCUCCGGAACGUUGGUGACAAUGAAGUCCUGCUGAAGAAGGUCCUUGAGGAGACAAUUCCAAUGCACGGGCGCAUGAUUCACUCCGGGAAACCAAGCGAUAAGGGAAUGAGCCAGGGAUAUGAUGUCCACGGACGAUUUAUCAGGUCUGCAGACCGGUGGAAGCUGAACGUCCAGAUUCUGGAUGCUCUAGCAGAGAGGGGAAACGUCAAGAUGAUUUUCAACCAUGGGCUGAGAAAGAUGGACCUGGACGCGGGAGAGGUAGAGUUCGAGAAUACGAAAACAAAAGAGUCGGUAACAGUCCACACCGACCUUGUCGUCGGCGCCGAUGGCGCUCAUUCCGCCACUCGCCGUCUCCUCCAGAAAAAUGUACAGAUGUACUAUGAGCAAACCUACAUUGACACUCUUUGGCAAGAGUACCAUAUCCCGCCUCAUCCAAUUACAGGCGACUUUCAACUCUCCCCAAACCACCUCCACAUCUGGCCAAAACAGACAUACAUGUUUAUCGCCAUCCCUAGCGCUGACAAGACGUUUACCUGCACCCUCUUCAUGUCGCCAUCUCUCUUCGCUGGUCUCGGCGAAUCCCGCGAGAAACACCUUGCCUUCUUCAAGAAGAACUUUGAGGAUGUUAUCCCACUUGUUGGGGAAGAUGCCCUGUUCGACCAAUUCAUGCGCAACCCCAGGCUGCCACUCAUCAGUGUUAAAUGCGACCCGUACCACUACAAGGACCGCGCUAUCAUCAUCGGCGACGCAGCACACGCUAUGGUCCCUUUCUACGGGCAGGGUAUGAACGCUGGACUCGAGGAUGUGCGCGUGCUGUUCGACCAUCUAGCUCUGCAUCCUGGCGAUCUUGCUGCUGCUCUUGCUUCAUACAGCAAGCAUAGGAGGCCGGAUAGCCACUGUAUCAACGAUCUGGCCAUGCGCAACUACAUAGAAAUGCGUGCAUCUGUGACGUCUCGGGCCUAUCUUGCGCGGAAGUGGGUUGAGGAGAUGCUGUAUGCCUAUGUUCCCUGGUUGGGUGUUAGGACGAUGUAUAGUAUGGUGUCGUUCAGUAGUCUGAGGUAUAGCGAGGUUGUAGAAAGAGUAAGGAGACAAAAACUCUGGAUGGAUACUAUUGCUGGUGGGGUGGUACUGGCGGGUGUGUUAGGAGUGGGGUUCGUGGGGCUGAGAGGAAAGACGGGAGUAGUAGGGACCGCAAGGGCUGUCUGGAGGGCAUUGAGAGAGGGACAGUAA